AUGGAAAUCAUGGAAGAGAAGCCUCAACGUCGCGUCCUUAUCCCUGUGGACGAGAGUGGUUCCACACUGAACGCUGUGAGGUGGUACCUCGGUGAAGUUGCCCGUCCCGGUGACCACGUCAUACUCCUCACAGUAGUUCCCUUCCAGGUUCACAAGCAGACUAAUGUGUGGGUCUCGAGCGAGGAGGACGAAAGCACGCCUUCUGAGUCCUCCAGUGGGGAGGAUCAACAAGCCCAACAACUUCUGGCUCCAGCAGCUGAACAGGAGGCCAGAAAAGAACUUAUCAGACAGGCAAGGAGGUUGAAGGACUUCUUCGCAAAGCAGUUUCAGGAAGCUAAGGAACACCUCGAGAAACAGACACAGCAGUCUGCACCCCAUAAUCCCAACAGCAGUUACUGCAGUCAGGAGCAGCAGUCGCAGGAAACGGAGGCGGAAGAUGAGACGAAUAGACGCAAAUCGCUCACUUGGGAGGCUUAUGUGCGACAGGGCAGUAAUGUGGGUGUAGCAAUCACUGAAGCUGUGGUGGAAAUGAAGGUAAACUUCGUCAUCAUGGGCACCCGCGGUUUGGGUGCCAUUCGGCGAGUACUCAUGGGCAGUGUCAGUGACUACGUGGUGCACAAUUCCCAGUCCACUGUAAUAAUCGUGCCGCAUGUACAGGCCUAA